UUGGCCGGUGCCUACGCGUGGAUGGCGAGAAAUUUGUGCAACGUACUCUUUAUCCUUCUGAGCCUCGUGUAUCGUCUCGAAUCACAGUACAUUAAGAGCUCUACUGCCACCCGCAACUCCUUCGCCCGUCCAGACAGCCACACCCCCAAGGCGUUUGGUUGCGCAAUGAGGUUGCUCGUUUCCGUUUCACCUGGGCGACGUGGCAACGCCGUCAUGCAGUCAUGCUUAAGGUCUAGAGAGCAAGGAGGACAAAAGUCUAACUAUUUGCUACAGCAAAGGAGCAUGAAGACUGUAUCUGACUGCAUGUUAGUUGAUCCGAGUGUUGUGCCGGACUUGCAGCACGAGGCUAACUCAUGCUGGUAUGAUAGCUACCUAAGUAAGUACAAAAACUAGAUUAUUGAAAUGCAAGUGACUUGCCAGCGGCUUCGGCCUUUCAGUAUUCUGAGUUGUAUUUCAAACACGAGGGCAGGAACUCUUGCGCCGGACAACUCUUGUGCAACGGAUAAUUGGUCACAACUCAGCACUGGGCCGGCCUCCCACUUAGUGAAGAAAGCAAGCAUAUUGAUGUAGGCCUUUGGUGUACUGAGAGGUUGAGGACACAGGAGAUUCCCCAUGCUGUACAUGCAAGCAGAGACACAAAAGGCAUACUUUAUCCGUCUAUUCGGUUCUCGUGGGGCAAUGCGCAAUGCAAGCAGCUGUAUAAUAUGAUACAAUUGUUUCUCUCUCUCU